AUGAUUCAACCUCAGACCCUUUUGAAUGUAGCAGACAACAGCGGGGCUCGAGAAUUGAUGUGUAUUCGAAUCAUAGGAGCUAGCAAUCGUCGAUAUGCUCGUAUUGGUGACGUUAUUGUUGCUGUGAUCAAAGAAGCAAUACCUAAUACGCCCUUAGAAAGAUCCGAAGUGAUCAGAGCUGUAAUUGUACGUACCUGUAAAGAACUCAAACGCGACAACGGCAUGAUAAUACGAUAUGAUGACAAUGCCGCAGUUAUUAUUGAUCAAGAAGGAAAUCCAAAGGGAACUCGAAUUUUUGGUGCGAUUGCCCGGGAAUUGAGACAAAAAUUUACUAAAAUAGUUUCAUUAGCUCCUGAGGUAUUAUAAAAUGAUAAUCUAAGGCAUUUGAAUGAAUUUCAAUCAUAGUAGAUUGUGUAUCACGUAUAUACCUUUCAUUUUAAAUUUUUUCAUUUUUUAAUUAAAAAGAAACUAAUAACAUGUUGAUUAUAUCAAAUUUUUGGGACACCACCGAUUUUAGUUCAUUAUGGGUAGGGACACUAUUGCUGAUAUAAUAACUUCUAUACGAAAUGCUGACAUGAAUAGAAAAGGAACGGUUCGAAUAGUAUCUACUAACAUCACCGAAAACAUUGUUAAAAUACUUUUACGAGAAGGUUUCAUUGAAAAUGCGAGAAAACAUCAAGAAAGAGAUAAAACUUUUUUGGUUUUAACGCUGCGACAUAGAAGAAAUAAGAAAGGGGCUUAUAGAAAUACUUUCUAUUUAAAAAGGAUCAGUCGACCUGGUCUACGAAUCUAUUCUAACUAUCAACGAAUUCCUAGAAUUUUAGGUGGAAUGGGGAUUGCAAUUCUUUCUACCUCUCGAGGUAUAAUGACGGAUCGGGAAGCUCGACUAGAAGGAAUUGGCGGAGAAAUUUUAUGUUAUAUAUGGUAAUCCCUAGAAUAUUAAUAUCCGAAUUGGAUCCAAUAUUUCCUAUUUGGGAACAAAAAAAGAAAAAAAAAGGCUUGUCUAAUAUCACUCCUCUAUUAGUUGAUACUUUAAGGGGGUUUUAUCUGAAAUGAAAGAACAAAAAUGGAUUCAUGAAGGUUUGAUUACUGAAUCACUUCCUAAUGGUAUGUUCUGGGUUCGUUUAGAUAAUGAAGAUCUGAUUCUAGGUUAUGUUUCGGGAAGGAUACGACGUAGUUCUAUACGAAUCCUACCGGGAGAUAGAGUUAAGAUUGAAGUAAGCCGUUAUGAUUCAACCAGAGGUCGUAUAAUUUAUAGACUCCGCAACAAAGAUUCAAACGAUUAAGCCGUUUUUCAACAUUCCUUAUUCCUUUCUACAAAAAUAGAAUUCAAGGUUCAAAAUAUCACGAAACUUAUUUUCUUCCAAAAAAUAGAUUCAAAAUUAAAA